AUGGUAAAAAGUUCUGAAAUGAGGAAGCACGGUCACUCCAGAGGAUACACUGGGGAUUCAGGCCGACUUGGACAGGCUUGCAAGUAUUCUAUUAAAUGGCUUCCCAAGUCUCCUAAACUCUAUGGCAGUCGCAAUUGGAGUUCUCAGAGCUCUCGCUGGGCUUCAUUAAGGGGAAAGGAAAGUGUUCAUGGUGGCAAUCUGUACAAAUUCAACUCAGACAAUGAAAAAUGGAAGGAAGGGAGGGUCAGUCCUGAGCAAGAAGCAGAAGAAUUGGAGGAUCCAGAUGAGGAUGAGCCCAUUUCCAAGUUUUCUGGAAGUCUUUUUGAUUCUGAUGAUACUGUUAGAGAUCAAAGACUCACUAGAAUAGUCCUUCAGGAAAAGCACAAAGCAACCACAAAAUUUAAAACCAUUCCUGGGACUAACGAUAUACCACAGAUUUCUGCGACAGCAACGGAGAAUUUUCUGACAGGGAACAACGCAUUUCCAGAAGAAACAAAAGAGCAGGUUCCAAGAGUUGCAGAUGUGACACCGCCCCCAUUGAAGGAAGCCAUCAUUUCAGAAACAAACACACCUGAUAUUGGCUCUGAUGAAGUGUCAACUAAAAUCAACCCAUUCCAGACAGUAAACCAUGUUAUAACAAUACCUCGAAUCAUCCUAACACGUCCUUCUACUUCAGAUGAGGAUAAUGACCAGUUAAUACAAGAUCCAGAAGACUUUGAACCUGAGGAGACUGACUCUGCAGAAAGUCACAUGUAUUCAGACUGUAUGAAUAAUGCUUUUUACCCUCCAUAAUAAACCAUUCUUUUAGGAGAUGUUCAUGGUAUUAUUUUUUCACUGUUUGUAUUAUUACUUUUAAUGUAGUACUUAAACCACUAUGCCUUAUUCAUAGUUGAGACCAUUAUACAGGGGUUGAAUUUUCUGGAAAAAAAAAACGAGUGAAAGAAAGCCUUGAUUUGCCUUGAACUUUACGUCCGUUGGAACUAAUGCACUCGCAAUGUAAUGUUCUGAAUAAGGUUAUGUGAACGUCAUCAGUCAAGUGUUUCAAAUAUUCUCUUUAAGUACAUUCUACAACUCAAUGCCAUGAAGAGAACACAUUUUUUUUCAUAGAGUAAUGCAAUCUAUUUCAAACUAUGGUGAAAGCAAACGUAUAGUUUUUUUUUUUAACUUCCUUCCUUUAUUUGAGCUCUGU